CCCCAUUCUCCCGCUUUCCAUCACCCCGCCCCAUUCUCCCGCUUUCAAUCACCCUGCCCCAAUCUCCCGUUUUCCAUCACCGCGCCCCAUUCUCCCUCCUUCCAUCACCCCGCCCCAUUCUCCCGCUUUCCAUCACCCCGCCCCAUUCUCCUGCUUUCCAUCACCCAGCCCCAUUCUCCCGCUUUCCAUCACCCCGCCCCAUUCUCCCGCUUUCCAUCACCCCACCCCAUUCUCCCUCCUUCCAUCUCCCCGCCCCAUUCUCCCUCCUUCCAUCACCCCGCCCCAUUCUCCCGCUUUCCAUCACCCCGCCCCAUUCUCCCUCCUUCCAUCACCCCGCCCCAUUCUCCCACUUUCCAUCACCCCACCCCAUUCUCCCGAUUUCCAUCACCCCGCCCCAUUCUCCCGCUUUCCAUCACCCCGCCCCAUUCUCCCGCUUUCCAUCAUCCCGCCCCAUUCUCCCUCCUUCCAUCACCCCGCCCCAUUCUUCCGCUUCCCAUCAUCCCGCCCCAUUCCCCCGCUUUCCAUCACCCCUCCCCAUUCUCCCUCCUUCCAUCACCCCGCCCCAUUCUCUCGCUUUCCAUCACCUCGCCCCGUUCUCCCGCUUUCCAUCACCCCGCCCCAUUCUCCCGCUUUCCAUCACUCUGCCCCAUUAUCCCUCCUUCCAUCACCCCGCCCCAUUCUCCCUCCUUCCAUCACCCCGCCCCAUUCUCCCUCCUUCCAUCACCCCGCCCCAUUCUCCCGCUUUCCAUCACCCCGCCUCAUUCUCCCGCUUCCCAUAACCCCACCCCAUUCUCCCGCUUUCCAUCACCCCGCCACAUUUUCCCACUUUCCAUCACCCCGCCCCCUUCUCUCUCCUUCCAUCACCCCGCCCCAUUCUCCCUCCUUCCAUCACCCCGCCCCAUUCUCCCGCUUUCCAUCAGCCCGCCCCAUUCUUCCGCUUUCCAUCACCCCGCCCCAUUCUCCCGCUUUCCAUCACCCCUCCCCUUUCUCCCGCUUUCCAUCUCCCCGCCCCAUUCUCCCGCUUUCCAUCACCCCGCCCCAUUCUCCCGCUUUUCGUCACCCCGCCCCAUUUUUCCGCUUCCCAUCAUCUCGACCCAUUCCCCCGCUUUCCAUCACCCCUCCCCAUUCUCCCUCCUUCCAUCACCCCGCCCCAUUCUCUCGCUUUCCAUCACCCCGCCCCAUUCUCCCGCUUUCCAUCACGCCGCCCCAUUCUCCCGCUUUCCAUCACCCCGCCCCAUUCUCCCUCCUUCCAUCACCCCGCCCCAUUCUCCCGCUUUCCAUCACCCCACCCCAUUCUCCCUCCUUCCAUCACCCCGCCCCAUUCUCCCUCAUUCCAUCACUCCGCCCCAUUCUCCCGCUUUCCAUCACCCCGCCCCAUUCUCCCGCUUCCCAUAACCCCACCCCAUUCUCCCGCUUUCCAUCACCCCGCCACAUUUUCCGACUAUCCAUCACCUCGCCCCCUUCUCUCUCCUUCCAUCACCCCGCCCCAUUCUCCCUCCUUCCAUCACCCCGCCCCACUCUCCCGCUUUCCAUCAGCCCGCCCCAUUCUCCCGCUUUCCAUCACCCCGCCCCUUUCUCCCGCUUUCCAUCUCCCCGCCCCAUUCUCCCGCUUUCCAUAACCCCGCCCCAUUCUCCCGCUUUCCAUCACCCCGCCCCAUUCUUCUGCUUCCCAUCAUCCCGCCCCAUUCCACCGCUUUCCAUCACCCCUCCCCAUUCUCCCUCCUUCCAUCACCCCGCCCCAUUCUUCCGCUUUCCAUCACCCGCCCCAUUCUCCCGCUUUCCAUCACCUCGCCCCAUUCUCCCGCUUUCCAUCACCCCGCCCCACUCUUUUGCUUUCCAUCACCCCGCCCCAUUCUCCCGCUUUCCAUCACCUUGCCCCAUUCACCCGCUUUCCAUCACCCGCCCCAUUCUCCCGCUUUCCAUCACCCCGCCCCAUUCUCCCGCUUUCCAUCACCCCGCUCCAUUCUCCCGCCUUCCAUCAUCCCGCCCCAUUCUCCCGCUUUCCAUCACCCCGCCCCAUUCUCCCGCUUUCCAUCACUCCGCCCCAUUCUCCCGCUUUCCAUCACCCCGACCCAUUCUCCCACUUUCCAUCACCCCGCCCCAUUCUCCCUCCUUCCAUCACCCCGCCUCAUUCUCCCUCCUUCCAUCACCCCGCCCCAUUCUCCCGCUUUCCAUCACCCCGCCCCAUUCUCCCGCUUUCCAUCACCCAGCCCCAUUCUCCCGCUUUCCAUCACCCCGCCCUAUUUUCCCGCUUUCCAUCACCCCGCCCCAUUCUCCCGCUUUCCAUCACCCUGCCCCAAUCUCCCGCUUUCCAUCACCCCGCCCCAUUCUCCCUCCUUCCAUCACCCCGCCCCAUUCUCCCGCUUUCCAUCACCCCGCCCCAUUCUCCCGCUUUCCAUCACCCAGCCCCAUUCUCCCGCUUUCCAUCACCCCGCCCCAUUCUCCCGCUUUCCAUCACCCCACCCCAUUCUCCCUCCUUCCAUCACCCCGCCCCAUUCUCCCUCCUUCCAUCACCCCGCCCCAUUCUCCCGCUUUCCAUCACCCCGCCCCAUUCUCCCUCCUUCCAUCACCCCGCCCCAUUCUCCCUCCUUCCAUCACCCCGCCCCAUUCUCCCUCCUUCCAUCACCCCGCCCCGUUCUCCCGCUUUCCAUCACCCCGCCCCAUUUUCCCGCUUCCCAUAACCCCACCCCAUUCUCCCGCUUUCCAUCACCCCGUCAAAUUCUCCCGCUUUCUAUCAACCCGCCCCAUUCUCCCGCUUUCAAUCACCCCGCCCCAUUCUCCCGAUUUCAAUCACCCCGCCCCAUUCUCCCGAUUUCCAUCACCCCGCCCCAUUCUCCCGCUUUCAAUCACCCCGCCCCAUUCUCCCGAUUUCCAUCACCCCGCCCCAUUCUCUCGCUUUCCAUCACCCCGCCCCAUUCUCCCGCUUUCCAUCACCCCGCCCCAUUCUCCCGCUUUCCAUCAUCCCGCCCCAUUCUCCCUCCUUCCAUCACCCCGCCCUAUUCUUCCGCUUCCCAUCAUCCCGCCCCAUUCCCCUGCUUUCCAUCACCCCUCCCCAUUCUCCCUCCUUCCAUCACCCCGCCCCAUUCUUCCGCUUUCCAUCACCCGCCCCAUUCUCCCGCUUUCCAUCACCUCGCCCCAUUCUCCCGCUUUCCAUCACCCCGCCCCAUUCUUUUGCUUUCCAUCACCCCGCCCCUUUCUCCCGCUUUCCAUCACCCUGCCCCAUUCACCCGCUUUCCAUCACCCGCCCCAUUCUCCCGCUUUCCAUCACCCCGCCCCAUUCUCCCGCUUUCCAUCACCCCACUCCAUUCUCCCGCCUUCCAUCACCCCGCCCCAUUCUCCCGCUUUCCAUCACCCCGCCCCAUUCUCCCGCUUUUCAUCACUCCGCCCCGUUCUCCCGCUUUCCAUCACCCCGACCCAUUCUCCCACUUUCCAUCACCCCGCCUCAUUCUCCCUCCUUCCAUCACCCCGCCCCAUUCUUCCACUUUCCAUCACCCGCCCCAUUCUCCCGCUUUCCAUCACCUCGCCCCUUUCUCCCGCUUUCCAUCACCCCGCCCCAUUCUUUUGCUUUCCAUCACCCCGCCCCAGUCUCCCGCUUUCCAUCACCCUGCCCCAUUCACCCGCUUUCCAUCACCCACCCCAUUCUCCCGCUUUCCAUCACCCCGCCCCAUUCUCCCGCUUUCCAUCACCCCGCUCCAUUCUCCCGCCUUCCAUCACCCCGCCCCAUUCUCCCGCUUUCCAUCACCCCGACCCAUUCUCCCGCUUUCCAUCACUCCGCCCCGUUCUCCCGCUUUCCAUCACCCCGACCCAUUGUCCCACUUUCCAUCACCCCGCCCCAUUCUCCCUCCUUCCAUCACCCCGCCUCAUUCUCCCUCCUUCCAUCACCCCGCCCCAUUCUCCCACUUUCCAUCACCCCGCCCCAUUCUCCCGCUUUCCAUCACCCAACCCCAUUCUCCCGCUUUCCAUCACCCCGCCCCAUUUUCCCGCUUUCCAUCACCCCGCCCCAUUCUCCCGCUUUCCAUCACCCUGCCCCAAUCUCCCGCUUUCCAUCACCCCGCCCCAUUCUCCCUCCUUCCAUCACCCCGCCCCAUUCUCCCGCUUUCCAUCACCCCGCCCCAUUCUCCCGCUUUCCAUCACCCAGCCCCAUUCUCCCGCUUUCCAUCACCCCGCCCCAUUCUCCCGCUUUCCAUCACCCCACCCCAUUCUCCCUCCUUCCAUCACCCCGCCCCAUUCUCCCUCCUUCCAUCACCCCGCCCCAUUCUCCCUCCUUCCAUCACCCCGCCCCAUUCUCCCGCUUUCCAUCACCCCGCCCCAUUUUCCCCCUUCCCAUAACCCCACCCCAUUCUCCCGCUUUCCAUCAUCCCGCCCCAUUCCCCCGCUUUCCAUCACCCCUCCCCAUUCUCCCUCCUUCCAUCACACCGCUCCAUUCUCUCGCUUUCCAUCACCGCGCCCCAUUCUCCCGCUUUCCAUCACCCCGACCCAUUCUCCCGCUUUCCAUCACCCCGCCCCAUUCUCCCUCCUUCCAUCACCCCGCCCCAUUCUCCCGCUUUCCAUCACCCCGCCCCAUUCUCCCUCCUUCCAUCACCCCGCCCCAUUCUCCCUCAUUACAUCACCCUGCCCCAUUCUCCCGCUUUCCAUCACCCCGCCCCAUUCUCCCGCUUCCCAUAACCCCACCCCAUUCCACCGCUUUCCAUCACCCCGCCACAUUUUCCCACUUUCCAUCACCCCGCCCCCUUCUCUCUCCUUCCAUUACCCCGCCCCAUUCUCCCUCCUUCCAUCAACCCGCCCCAUUCUCCCGCUUUCCAUCAGCCCGCCCCAUUCUCCUGCUUUCCAUCACCCCUUCCCUUUCUCCCGCUUUCCAUCUCCCUGCCCCAUUCUCCCGCUUUCCAUCACCCCGCCCCAUUCUCCCGCUUUCCAUCACCCAGCCCCAUUCUCCCGCUUUUCCCCGCCCCAUUCUCCCGCUUCCCAUAACCCCACCCCCUUCUCCCGCUUUCGAUCACCCCGCCACAUUCUCCCGCUUUCUAUCACCCCGCCCCAUUCUCCCUCCUUCCAUCACCCCGCCCCAUUCUCCCGCUUUCCAUCACCCCGCCCCAUUCUACCGCUUUCCAUCAUCCCGCCCCAUUCUCCCUCCUUCCAUCACCCCGCCCCAUUCUCCCGCUUUCCAUCACUCCGCCCCAUUCUCCCUCCUUCCAUCACCCCGCCCCAUUCUCCCUCCUUCCAUCACCCCGCCCCAUUCUCCCGCUUUCCAUCACCCCGCCCCAUUCUCCCGCUUCCCAUAACCCCACCCUAUUCUCCCGCUUUCCAUCACCCCGCCACAUUUUCCCACUUUUCAUCACCCCGCCCCCUUCUCUCUCCUUCCAUCAACCCGCCCCAUUCUCCCUCCUUCCAUCACCCCGCCCCAUUCUCCUGCUUUCCAUCAGCCCGCCCCAUUCUCCCGCUUUCCAUCACCCCGCCCCUUUCUCCCGCUUUCCAUCUCCCCGCCCCAUUCUCCCGCUUUCCAUCACCCCGCUCCAUUCUCCCGCUUUCCAUCACCCCGCCCCAUUCUUCCGCUUCCCAUCAUCCCGCCCCUUUUCCCCGCUUUCCAUCACCCCUCCCCAUUCUCCCUCCUUCCAUCACCCCGCCCCAUUCUCCCGCUUUCCAUCACACCGCCUCAAUCUUCUGCUUUCCAUCACCCCGCCCCAUUCUCCCGCUUUCCAUCACCCUACCCCAUUCACCCGCUUUCCAUCACCUCGCCCCAUUCUCCCGCUUUCCAUCACCCCGCCUCAAUCUUCUGCUUUCCAUCACCCCGCCCCAUUCACCCGCUUUCCAUCACCCUGCCCCAUUCACCCGCUUUCCAUCACCCGCCCCAUUCUCCCGCUUUCCAUCACCCCGCCCCAUUCUCCCGCUUUCCAUCACCCCACCCCAUUCUCCCGCUUUCCAUCCCCCCGCCCCAUUCUCCCGCUUUCCAUCACCCCGCCCCAUUCUCCCGCUUUCCAUCACUCCGCCCCAUUCUCCCGCUUUCCAUCACCCCGACCCAUUCUCCCACUUUCCAUCACCCCGCCCCAUUCUCCCUCCUUCCAUCACCCCGCCUCAUUCUCCCUCCUUCCAUCACCCCGCCCCAUUCUCCCGCUUUCCAUCACCCCGCCCCAUUCUCCCGCUUUUCAUCACCCCGCCCCAUUCUCCCGCUUUCCAUCACCCCGCCCCAUUCUCCCUCCUUCCAUCACCCCGCCUCAUUCUCCCUCCUUCCAUCACCCCGCCCCAUUCUCCCGCUUUCCAUCACCCCGCCCCAUUCUCCCGCUUUUCAUCACCCCGCCCCAUUCUCCCGCUUUCCAUCACCCCACCCCAUUCUCCCUCCUUCCAUCACCCCGCCCCAUUCUCCCGCUUUCUAUCACCCCGCCCCAUUCUCCCGCUUUCCAUCACCAAGCCUCAUUCUCCCGCUUUCCAUCACCCCGCCCCAUUCUCCCGCUUUCCAUCACCCCGCCCCAUUCUCCCGCUUUCCAUCACCCCUCCCCAUUCUCCCUCCUUCCAUCACCCCGCCCCAUUCUCCUGCUUUCCAUCACCCCGUCCCAUUCUCCCUCCUUCCAUCACCCCGCCCCAUUCUCCCGCUUUCCAUCACCCCGCCCCAUUCUCCCGCUUUCCAUCACCCCGCCCCAUUCUCCCGCUUUCCAUCACCCCGCCUCAUUCUCCCGCUUUCCAUCACCCCGCCCCAUUCUCCCUCCUUCCAUCACCCCGCCCCAUUCUCCUGCUUUCCAUCACCCCGCCCCAUUCUCCCUCCUUCCAUCACCCCACCCCAUUCUCCCUCCUUCCAUCACCCCGCCCCAUUCUCCCGCUUUCCAUCACCCCGCCCUAUUCUCCCGCUUCCCAUAACCCCACCUCAUUCUCCCGCUUUCCAUCACCCCGCCCCAUUCUCCCGAUUUCCAUCACCCCGCCCCAUUCUCCCGCUUUCCAUCACCCCGCCCCAUUCUCCCGCUUUCCAUCACCCCACUCCAUUCUCCCGCUUUCCAUCCCCCCGCCCCAUUCUCCCGCUUUCCAUCACCCCGCCCCAUUCUCCCGCUUUCCAUCACUCCGCCCCAUUCUCCCGCUUUCCAUCACCCCGACCCAUUCUCCCACUUUCCAUCACCCCGCCCAAUUCUCCCUCCUUCCAUCACCCCGCCUCAUUCUCCCUCCUUCCAUCACCCCGCCCCAUUCUCCCGCUUUCCAUCACCCCGCCCCAUUCUCCCGCUUUUCAUCACCCCGCCCCAUUCUCCCGCUUUCCAUCACCCCGCCCCAUUCUCUCGCCUUCCAUCACCCCGCCCCAUUCUCCCGCUUUCCAUCACCCCGCCCCAUUCUCCCGCUUUCCAUCACCACGCCCCCUUCUCCCUCCUUCCAUCACCCCGCCCCAUUCUCCUCGUCCAGGAGCUUGCCUCGUCCAGGAGCUUGCCUCGUCUAG